AUGCCCGUCCCGUGCCUCGUCGGGCUCGUGGCCAGUGAGGGCCCUGGAGCACAAGUCGCUCAGCUGCUGUUUUGCCUCCUCGGCGUCGGUUUGCUUCUUCACUUCUCCGUUCACCGCCGCCUCGCGGCGACGGUCGCGUCGCUUCUCCACCCUCGACCUCGCCACUACAUCCGCGCACAUCUCUCCGGCUCGGCGUCUUCUCUCCGCCCGCGCACGCACGCGGCCUCGCCUGCCUCGCUCCUGGAACGGUGUGGCGCGUUCACACGCAGCCUCGGCCUCGGACGAGACUUGCGCCACGGCGCGCGACUCGGUCGAAGUGACGCGCGCAGGGGACAGCUUCCGAUGACGCUCGUCAUUGACCUUGACGAAACGCUCGUCUUGGCAACAAAAACCAGGCUCUGUCCGGAGCAACUGGCCGUCGACGUGUCGAUACAGGGGAAGCUCUCGACGUUCUACGUGGCGAAACGACCCUUUGCGGAAGUCUUCCUCGCCGAAUUGUUUCCUCUCUUCCAAAUCGUCAUCUUCACGGCGGGGCGACACGAGUACGCUAACGCUCUCCUCGACAGCUUGGAUCUGCAUGCGUAUGUCGACCGCUGUCUGACGCGAGAAGACUGCCGCUUGGUAGGGCCAAACCUCUACGCCAAAGAUCUCCAGAAAGUCUGUAGCGACCUAUCAAAAACAGUCCUCAUCGACGACUCCCCUGUCGCCGCUCUCUAUUUCCCAGACAACUACGUUCCCAUAGAGGGAUGGUGUGGAAACGAAACAGACACGGCGCUGAUGGACCUUUUGCCGCUCUUGCUGGCACUCCGCUCUGUCCGCGAUGUCCGUGCAAUUCUUCAUCUCCGACAUCGCGGACAGCCUGAGCAGGCAACUCUCGCUGUCUCGUUUCUGCAGCGCCGCACCCUUUGGCGCUCCGGCGACAGCCCGCCUUCUCCUUCUCCGAACGGCUUUCUUCGGUUUCGUUCUCCGUCCCUCGUGGAGCUGACCCCCAGCGGCGGUCUCUCGACUUCCGCCGCGCUGUCUCCGUCCCCCCUGGCGCAGCAGCCUCCGACGCUAUCCGCUUCGGUUCUGGCUGCAUGCAGGUCCACCAUGCGCGCGGGGUUCGUCUCGGGUGUCUACGCACCUCUCCAGCACGUUCAGGUAUCUAUACACCAGCGGGUCCGCUACCUCGCCCAGGGCGUCCAGGAGUGCGUGUACCAGAAUUGCCUGUCUGUGGACAAGACCGAAGAGCGCGAGAAGAAAGAAGAGCGGCGAGCGAGCGAAGAUCGGAAUCGGGAGGAAGAAGCGAACGAGGUGAAGGCACUCGCGAGGCGGAAGAAAAAGGCCAAAGGAGAAGAAAGUGGGUAG